AAGGACAAAAAGAAGGAGAUGAGUGAAGCAAAGAAAGGAAGGGAUAAAGAGAUAGAAAAGUAGAGAAACAAGGGAUGGGAAUGGAAGAGUGAAACAGAAAAAAGCAAAACGAGGGAUGAAAUGAGUGAAUACAUCAGGGUGGAAAGAGGGAGGGAGGGCGACUGAGGGAAUGGAGAGCAGGGAGGGCCUGAGAGUGGGCUCACCGCCCGCCAGCCCGUCCGCCCCUCCCAGUCCCACCCUCUCCCUCCCUUCCUCUUUCCCUAGCCGGGAUACCCGGAGCUCUCCGUUAAGGCGGGAGGCUCAGCAACCUUCUCCCACCGGGGAGGCCAGAGCCGGGCCAUGGGCAGCGGGAGCAGCAGGAGCAGGCGGGCGCGGAGGCAGCUGCGUAGCCCCAACAAGAACCCAGGGGUCCCUAGUGUCCAGGAGCUGGGCGAUGGGCAGCGGGAGACUGAGGCCUGCCAGGAGGAGGAGGACGGGAAGGAUGGGCAGCAGGAAGGCUCAAGAAAAGGAGCCCACGGGGAUUGCGCUGUCCAAGACUAUGAGUCGCCCCAAAAUGGAAAGGAGAAGGAGCCGGAGUCAGAGUCACUGCUGCUGGACCAGGUACUGGCCGAGUCGGAGGCCUGGGACCCAACAUUCGAACCCUGGCCGAGUCGGGCCUCUCACUCUCGGCUGGGACCGAACUCACACCUGGGUGGGGCUCCCUCCUCUCAGACGAAACUCAGCUGCGGUGGCGAGCGCAAGGUAUCUCGAGUUCAGAGCACCCAAGAUAUAGAGAACAAUAACAACUUUGAGACUUCUACCAGGAGCAGCAAGAGACCUGAAAGACAAACUCCCAUCUUGUAUGAUUGCUCAGAAGAGGAGUUGAUGGCGAGCAUUGAGCGGGAAUAUGGCCGCUGAGGAUUAGCAUGAACCAGGGAAGACACAUGACUUUGGAUGGCAGCCCCUGAGCGGUGAAAAAAACACAUCCUCCAUGGAGAAGGGAGACAAUGCCAACUUCUGUCUCUGCCUCUGCUCCCCAUCAAUCAGAAGUUCAAACAAUACAUGGGUCAAGUUAUUCCUCCACUAAGAGCAUCCUCUCUCUAGCAAGCAAUAGGUCAGUGUGGAUGAAGGUGUAGAGUCUUUCUACAAGACAACCACCAUUUAUUUGUAGAUCUGUAGAUUAUAAUGCCUAGAGGGGAACUUGGAGAUCAUCUGGUCCAACAUUUGUAUUUUGCAGAUAAGGAAGCUGAAUUCCAGAGAUGUAAAGAUCAUGCAAGUUGCUAAUUGGCCGAGUUAAAACUUGAAAUUGGAUCUCUUGACUAUUCAGCCAGUAUUCAUUCUACUGUACUAUCCUACCUUUCCUUUGAUAGCUGGCUUUUUAAAAUGUGAUCUUUCAGAAGUCAGUCCCGAAGGACAAUCUUUCAGCAUGGUGAGCCAUCCUGCAUUAUUGUCUGCAGUUUCUGGUCAAGGACUGCAGUGAGAAUCAUUCUUACGCAAUACAGUGGAAAGAGCUCCAUCUCUGGGGAAUAAGAGGCCUUGAGUUCAAAUUUCAGCUCAUAUUUAGUAGCAUGUGACCUUGGACAAGUAACUUAUUGUUCAGUCAUUUUC